GCCUUUUGUGAAACUUUUGUACUUAAUUUGAAUGACAGGUCUAUUAAUAUACAAAAAUCGAUUUUGUGAUUCGUUCGGGCAAGGACGACAUCAUUGUUUUACAUUAUGUGAUUUUAGACUUAUUGGCACGGUUUUAUUUGUUUUCGGUAUAUAAUUAAAAAUACAUAAACACCGCACAUCGAUAUCAGGAACAUCCGCUAAUGCAUUUAAGUUAAUCAUCAGUCCUUGACCAAAAAAGGAUUUGACUAAUGAUUUUCCACUAACAAAAGCAGUUGUCUUCAAAAUGUAUAACGGUAAUGACGUGAAAAAUACUGUUAAAGAAGUGGAUUUUGUGAAACUUGAUAAGAAAGAUGUCGGUCAACUUAGGGCUUUCUACGCGACCGCUGCAGUUUCAAAUGCUGCUGGCAUUUGGAAGAAAUCCGUAUCUAUCAAAUCUCCCAAAUCUGGAAGAAUAUUUGGCAGGAAAUCUAAAGAAGAAAAAAGCAAUGGCUUCUUCUCUAGACUCUUUGAAAAGAAAGUUAAAAUAUCAGAUUUUACGUAUCAACAAUCUAAUGUGCGAAAAGAGACUAGUUAUAAACCUUUCUGGGCUACCACAGUUGUGCAGCCAAAUGAAAAGGGUAUAGAAGAAAGUGUAAACAAAGAAACAUCAACAGUUGUAGAACAAAGCAACGUUAUGAGGAAUAAAGCGAUGGUCUUUGAGAAGGCAACUCUAGGGUCGCCUAAAGUUGUCCUUACAAAUAGACAAGAGAAUGUUAAAAAUAGGCCGGAGAAAAAAGUAGUGGAGAAAAAGUGGUCGUCAGUGGAAGCGAGUCAGGAUAAUGCGUUGAGGAUGCCCCCCUUUUAUAAGGGGAGCAAAAUGAGAAUGCCUACGGGCGAACAGUUAUUUUGGCUCGGCGAAACUCGGCCAUCUUCGUACGGGCCAGCAACGUACCAAGAUUUCAAGGAGAUCCGGUCCCGUUGCCUCUCUGAAGGCAGAUUGUUUGAAGAUCCUGAGUUCCCAGCUAUAGAUCGAAGCUUGUACUAUAAGGAGCGGUUGGAUCGUCCUAUAACCUGGCUUAGGCCUAGUGAAAUAUGCGACGAUCCUCAACUAUUCGUGGAAGGUUACAGCCGCUUCGAUGUACAACAGGGCGAGCUGGGCGAUUGCUGGCUGCUAGCUGCUGUCGCAAAUCUAACGCUACACAGAAAAUUGUUCUUCCAAGUGGUGCCGGAUGAUCAGAGCUUCGAUGAAGAGUACGCUGGUGUCUUCCACUUCCGAUUCUGGCAAUAUGGGCGAUGGGUGGACGUAGUGAUCGACGACCGUCUGCCCACAUACCGCGGCAAACUGGUGUUCCUCCACUCUUCGGAAACUAAUGAGUUCUGGAGCGCCUUACUCGAGAAGGCUUAUGCCAAGCUACACGGCUCGUACGAAGCCCUAAAAGGCGGUUCAACAUGCGAGGCCAUGGAAGACUUCACCGGCGGCGUGACGGAAAUGUACGAGAUGACGGAACUGCCGCCUAACUUCUACACCAUCUUGCUCAAGGCUUAUGAGAGGAACUCGCUCAUGGGAUGCAGUAUCGAGCCGGACCCACAUAUCCUGGAAGCUGAGACUCCCCAGGGCCUGAUUCGAGGUCACGCCUACUCAAUCACGCGCGUCAAAUACGUCGACAUAGAGACACCAGGUCGCCAGGGAAAGAUACCUCUACUCCGCAUGAGGAACCCGUGGGGUAAUGAAGCCGAGUGGAACGGACCUUGGAGCGACAAGUCUCCAGAAUGGCGCUACAUCCCCGAAUCCGAAAAACAAGAGUUGGGUCUGACCUUCGACGAUGACGGCGAAUUCUGGAUGUCUUUCAAGGACUUCUGCACACACUUCUCAAGAGUGGAGAUCUGCAAUUUGAACCCUGACUCUAUGGACCCCGAAGAGUGCCCGGAGGGCUGCACCAAGAAAUGGGAGAUGUCUGUGUUCGAAGGAGAGUGGGUGCGAGGUGUCACUGCCGGCGGUUGCCGUAACUACUUGGAGUCGUUCUGGCGUAAUCCGCAGUACACUGUCACUCUGACUGACGUCGAUGAAGAUGACGACGACAACAAAUGUACUAUAAUCGUGGCCCUCAUGCAAAAGAACCGUCGCUCGCAACGCCACCAAGGCCUUGAGUGUCUCACGAUCGGGUUCGCGGUCUAUCGACUUCCGGACUACGGGCACGUGCCCAAACCAUUGGACAUCAACUUCUUCAAGUACAACGCCUCUGUCGGGAGAUCGCAGGCGUUCAUCAACCUGAGAGAAGUUAGCGCCAGAUUCAAGUUGCCUCCCGGUACGUACGUGAUUGUGCCUUCCACCUUCGAGCCUGAUGAAGAGGGAGAGUUCCUAGUGAGAGUGUUCUCUGAGAAGUCCAAUAACAUGGCUGAAAACGACGAAGAUGUGGGUAUGGGCGAAGUUGAUGACAGGGUGAAAGAAAUAGCCCCGAAUCCGGAGCCGACGGACCCGAUCCGCGAGUUCUUCAACCGGCUUGCCGGCGCCGACGGAGAGGUGGACUGGCAGGAGCUCAAGGAGAUCCUGGAUUACGCCAUGAGGGAAGAGACGGCCAUGCGGCAAGGCGCCGCGUACGACGGCGGGGGAGGCGGGGUGCCGGGAGGGGGCACGGGGGCCCCCGCGGAGCAGAGCUGUCUCGAGCAGCUGUUGUGUGCCCUCUGCACUCCCAUCUGCAAGGAAGUCGGCAUCGACCUGCAGCAGGUGCACAACCAGGAACAGGUGCAUCUGACGCAGCCGCAGGUUAACGGUGGACAAGAGCUCAAAGGCCAAGGAUUCUCCAAAGAUGUGUGCCGAAGCAUGAUCGCGAUGCUCGACAAGGAUAACUCUGGCGGCCUUGGUUUCGAAGAGUUCAAGUCACUGUGGAUUGAUCUGCGUAACUGGAGGGCUGUCUUCCGCCUAUACGACACUGAAGGCCGUGGCGCCAUCCCUGCCUACCAUCUGCGCGACGCCAUCCAUUCGGCUGGUUACACCGUCAACGCACACACACUCAACGUACUUGCACACAGAUACGGCGGCCAAGACGGAUACAUCCAAUUUGAUGACUUCAUAAUGUGUUCCGUGCGACUCAAGACCAUGAUCGCUAACAACGAGCCCGUCGAGAAUCUCGAACGCGAGUUACAGUUCAACCCGUGAGCCGAAGGAAUCCUCGCGCAAGGACAAAGAAAAACGUUCAAGGGCAGAUCAUCAGGCGGUGAAUACGCUACGUUCUCGCUCGACGAUUGGCUGAAUCGCACAGUUUAUUCAUAGGGAAAUAUGCCUUAAUACGUACUUUAAGGACUAAGCUUAAAGAGUACAUCGUACAAUAGGCCGCCAUCUUGUAAUGGCGUCUGCCGAAAACCUAUAUGUCGACUUCCAUGCCUGUAUUUGGUAUCAAUAAAAUGGCCUAAAAUAUACUUACAUUAUUCAAUAUUACAUUGUUACUAAAAAAAUCUAAAUUUAAAACUCAUGUAAUAUGAAGAAUUACUGUGUACUCUUUAAGACAUGCAUAUUAUUAUGUACAAGUUUUCUUCCAAUACCUCAAUGUUAUUACGAUAAUUUUACGAAUGUAGAUAUGUCUAUAGCAUCACUUUUAUAAUUUAACGAAAUAUAUUAUAACCCAUAUGUAAUAUAUACCUAUGCUAAUGCCUUAAAUACUGAUAGAAAAGCAUUUUAACUUUUAUAAUAAUACAUAUUACAUAAUACUUUCUAAAAUAUGUGAUGCUAUAGUUAUAUUAGUGAUUUCGUCAACCAACUAAAAUUAAUGUUUAAAUUAAACGAUAUACUAAAUAAGCUUUAAUCGGUGAUAAUCUAAGUCACAAAAUAACUUUCUUUAUAUCGAUGUAUUUCUGUGUAUUUCUUCACUUUUAAAAAUGGCAUUUAACAUUCAAAAGUUUUUUAAAUUGUAAUAUUUAACUUCAUUUCAAGAUGCUUUAUUUAUUUUAUUUUUUCGUAAAUAUAUUUUGAAUUAUCUAACAGGUAAUAAUCGGAAUCCGUCGCUAUAUAUAGAAAUAGAUAGAUGUGAGAUUUACAGAGAUAAUAAACUAAUUUUAUAGCUACAUAUUACAAUCAGUAUUUUUCACCACCGAUGCCCAUUCCAGAGAAUUAGGUAUAUUUUUCGUAAACGCUGUGCGAUCAGUCGUAUCACUCAUGGUUAAUUUUAUUUCAAUAUUUAUUGUUGUUGCACCAUUAUGACAUUUUCAAUGCAUUUUAUUGAUUAUAUUUUGUAUUUGUCGAUUUUUAUUUUUGAUGUAAAACUUCAGAUCUGAAUAAAGUAUGUUUUUUAUUCAUCA